GGCCUCAGAUCGACACUGUGGGCACAGGAAAUAGGGCUGGCUGUGACUCCCUCAAGGGCUGCAUAUGUGGCUUCUCUCUUCCUACCAAGCUUCUCCAGGGCCCUUGGCCAGCCUUCAGGACGAGGUUUCAGGCCCCUUGCCCGUCCCAGCUCCAGACCAUGCAGUAGUGCUUAGCUGUCUUGCCCGUUUUCUGAUCUCAGGAUCUCCGUUCCAGCUGUUCCCCUCCCAGGCUGUGCACUGGGGUGGAAAAUGGGAGAAACAAGAUAGGGGCUGCCAUUUUGGACCCUGUUACCCUCUUAGAAGUUGAUUUCCUUGCCUGCCCCGCGGUCUCUGCAAAUCUUGUCCGUACUUGCCCUCUGCCUCACGGAUCUCCCUCAAGAGAAUGCCCUCAAUCCGAGAAAGCCUGAAGGAACGAGGUGUGGACAUGGCGAGGCUUGGACCUGAGAGGAUGGCCCUUGUCAACGUCACCUCCUCUGUGAUCCUCACCAAUUACAUGGAUACCCAGUACUAUGGUGAGAUUGGCAUUGGCACCCCACCCCAGAUCUUCAAAGUUGUCUUUGACACUGGUUCGUCCAAUGUUUGGGUGCCCUCUUCCAAGUGCAGCCGUCUCUACACUGCCUGUGCGUAUCACAAGCUCUUCGAUGCUUCGGAUUCCUCCAGCUAUAAGCACAACGGGACGGAACUCACCCUCCGCUAUUCAACAGGAACGGUCAGUGGCUUUCUGAGCCAGGACGUCAUCACUGUGGGUGGAAUCAUGGUGACGCAGACAUUUGGAGAGGUCACGGAGAUGCCCGCCUUACCCUUCAUGCUGGCUGAGUUCGAUGGGGUUGUGGGCAUGGGCUUCAUUGAACAGGCCAUUGGCAGGGUCACCCCUCUCUUCGACAACAUCAUCUCCCAAGGGGUGCUAAAAGAGGACGUCUUCUCUUUCUACUACAACAGAGAUUCCGAGAAUUCCCAAUCGCUGGGAGGACAGAUUGUGCUGGGAGGCAGCGACCCACAGCAUUAUGAAGGGAAUUUCCACUAUAUCAACCUCAUCAGGACUGGCCUCUGGCAGAUUCCAAUGAAGGGGGUGUCUGUGGGGUCAUCCACCUUGCUCUGUGAGGACGGCUGCCUGGCACUGGUGGACACCGGUGCAUCCUACAUCUCAGGCUCUACCAGCUCCAUAGAGAAGCUCAUGGAGGCCUUGGGGGCCAAGAAGAGGCUGUUUGAUUAUGUCGUGAAGUGUAACGAGGGCCCUACACUCCCCGACAUCUCUUUCCACCUGGGAGGCAAAGAAUACACGCUCACCAGCGCGGACUAUGUAUUUCAGGAAUCCUACAGUAGUAAAAAGCUGUGCACACUGGCCAUCCACGCCAUGGAUAUCCCACCACCCACUGGACCCACCUGGGCCCUGGGCGCCACCUUUAUCCGAAAGUUCUACACAGAGUUUGAUCGUCGUAAUAAUCGCAUUGGCUUCGCCUUGGCCCGCUGAGGCCCUCUGCUGCCCAGGCAGGCCCUGCCUUCAGCCCCGGCCCAGAGCUGGAACACUCUCUGGGAUGCCCCUCUGCCUGGGCUUAUGCUGUCACCUGGAGGCACCCGGUAUGGAGCUCCUGCUGGAGGCGUGCCCUGACCCCUGCACCAGCCCUUCCCUGCUUUGAAGACAAACAGAAUAAAGACUUCAUGUU